AUGGGUUUGCAACUUUUUCCCUUCGUGUUCAUGCGCUUUCUUUUUUUCCUGUGGGGCCUUUCUCUUAUAUCUGUUGGCUCCUUUUCUACUGUGCGGCCACUUUGCCAUGAUGAUGAGAGUUUCGCCUUGUUGCAAUUCAAACAAACCUUUACCAUCAAUCAGCCACCAUCUUAUGCUCCUGCAAAUUCAAAGAUUUCGUCGUGGCUGACACACAAUAGUGAUUGCUGCAUGUGGGAUGGUGUUCAAUGCGAUGAAAACACGGGUUAUGUAACUAGCCUUGACCUUAGUAGCAGUUACCUUUAUGGUUCCAUCAACUCCAGCAGCAGCCUCUUCCAGCUUGUUCACCUCCAAUGGCUUAAUCUCGCCAACAACAACUUCAAUCACUCCCGAGUCCCACUUGGUGUAAGGCAGCUUUCAAAGCUUACUUACCUUAACCUCUCUAAUUCUGCAUUUUCAGGUCAAAUCCCAUCAGAAAUUUUACAGCUUUCUAAGUUAGUUUCCCUGGAUAUCGGUUUGAAUUCAUUGAGUCUCCACAAGCAUGGUCUCAAAAGUAUAACUGAUAAGUUAAUGAACUUGGAAGAACUUGUUCUUAGUGAGGUUGAAAUAUUAUCUACUAUACCUAGUAACUUGGCAAACUUAUCUUCUUUAACAUCUAUUGAUCUUAGUGAUUGUCGUUUGCACGGUGAGUUUCCAAUAGGAAUUUUUCAGCUUCCAAAUCUCAAAUCUCUCAAUGUGAGCUUCAAUUCAAAUCUCACUGGACAUGUUCCAGAAUUUAACAGAAGUAGCCCCUUGGAAGUUUUGGGACUUGCGUUCACAAGUUUCUCUGGCAUGCUACCAGAUUCAAUUGGUAACCUGAAAUCCUUAUUUAGCUUGGAUGUUGGAGGAUGCAAUUUCUCUGGACCAAUACCGUCCACAUUUGAUAACCUUACUGAGCUUACUUAUUUAAGGCUUUCAUCUAACAAUUUCAACCUCGGAACUUUGUCUUGGGUUGGUAAGCAUACCAAACUCACUCAUUUGUAUCUAAAAAGUACCAAUUUAUUUGGUUUCAUUUCGUUUUCUCUUAGAAACUUAACUCAGCUUAAAACUGUACAUCUAGGUUACAAUCAUUUAACUGGUCCUAUCCCAUCUUGGCUAGCAAACCUCACCCAACUAAAUAUUUUGUGGCUUCAAGCAAAUAACUUGUAUGGUCCAAUUCCAAUGUCAAUUUCCAAUCUCAAGAACCUUCAAAUUCUAGAUCUAUUUUUAAAUCAAUUGAGUGGCACAGUAAAAUUUGACUUGUUUCUAGAACUCAAAAGCCUCUUUUACCUCCAACUAUCUGGUAACGAUCUUUCAUUGCAUAUUAAUCCCAAUACCAACACUACCCUUCAAAAAUUUAAGGUAUUAGGGUUGGGUUCGUGUCACUUAAAUGACUUCCCAGAUUUCCUCCGAAACCAAGAUCAGUUGGAAGUUUUGUUACUUGAUAACAACACAAUUCAUGGCCAAAUAACAAAGUGGAUUGCAAACGUAAGUAAAGACAGUCUUGUGAUUUUGGACCUUUCUGCAAACUUCCUUACAGGUUUUGAUCAAACUCUAGGUACACUCCCGUGGACCGGUCUAAAAAAGUUGGACCUUUUUGAUAACAAGUUUCAAGUGUCUCUCCCAAUUCCACCUCCUUCCAUUAUUUCUUAUGAUAUCUCUAAUAACUCGCUUCAUGGAGAAAUCUCUCAAAUGAUAUGUAAUCUAAGUUCUCUAUCUUAUCUUGAUUUGUCAUACAACAACUUGAGUGGCUUCCUUCCCCAAUGUUUAAGAAAUUUGAGAAACCUUUCAGUUUUUAAUCUACAGCACAACAACUUCCAUGGCCGUAUUCCCCAAAUAUUCCUGGAAGGAUGUAAAUUAAGGAUGAUCAGUUUGAAUCAUAAUGGUUUUCAAGGGCCUUUACCAAGUUCACUAGCCAAUUGUACUAUGCUGGAAAUUCUUGAUCUUGGAAACAAUCAUAUAAUUGAUUUUUUCCCCUCUUGGUUGGACAUUCUUCCAGAGCUAAGAAUCCUCAUUUUGCAAUCAAAUGGAUUCCAUGGUAUUCUUACACCUAAUGCAAAUUUUGGAUUUCCAAAAUUACAUGUCAUCGACCUUUCUAACAAUAAUUUUUCUGGUAAGUUGCCAUCUGAAUACUUCCAAAUUUGGAAAUCCAUGAAAAGCUUUGAUGCAGGUGGCUUAACAUAUAUGAAGGCAAAUGGACAAGUCCAAAUAUCAAUCAAUGGCUGGUUUUUCAUUUUAUAUUACCCAAUGACAUUCACAAUCAAAGGCAUAAGGACAGAAUAUGAGAAGAUCCAAAAUAUCUUUGUGGCCAUUGAUCUCUCAAGCAACAGGUUUGAAGGAGAAAUUCCAAAAAUUGUGGGUAAUCUAAGAGUACUUCAUACACUUAACCUUUCCAAAAAUAUUCUUACUGGUUCUAUCCCAUUGUCUUUGGUAAACCUUACAAACCUGGAAUCGCUGGACCUUUCUCAAAACAUGCUCAGUGGAGAGAUUCCUAUGCAAUUGGUAGAUCUCACCUUCCUUGCUGUCUUGAAUGUGUCUCAUAAUCAUCUCACAGGACCUAUACCAGAAGGAAAACAAUUUUCCACAUUCGAAAACAGUUCAUUCGAUGGAAAUGAGGGAUUGUGCGGAAGCCCAUUGUCAAAAAAAUGUGCCGGUUCCAAGGACCUAACACCUCCACCAUCAAUUUUUGUAGAAGAUCAAGGAUCAGAGUCUCCAUUUGAGUUUGAUUGGAAACCAGUCAUGAUGGGGUACGGAUGUGGAUUUAUAGUUGGAGUUUUUGUUGGGAAAAUUAUGAUCAAAAGGAAGUAUGAUUGGUUUAGAAAGACUUUUGCAGUUGGCCAUCCAACAUGA